GCCAUACUUCAUUAGUUCAUUUCCCAAGUUUCUUGGUAUUACUCUUCUUUUCUCUCUCUAGAAUUCUUUGACUUUCCUAAUUUUCUGAGUAUGCGCUUCUUAAAUAACCCCAAACCCAUUCAUUUUCCCUAGUCUAUCUCGGCCACCUCUCUUUCCCUUGUAUGCAUCUCUCCACAUAAUACAGUCGAAGGAAAAAAAGACUCUUCGAUUCUUAUGGCCGUUGAAGCAAGUAAUUUCAAUAUUUUCCCUUCACAAUUCAUACCCAACAGAGAUUUGGUGAAUUGCAACCACGGAAAAGCCUUAGCAUACAAUAACCAGAUGGGUUCAUCGGCGGUGCCUUUGGCCUCAUCAGUACCGGAAACUUUAUUGCCGAUUUAUCAAUCUUUUUAUUCGGCUCCGGCGAAAAGUUCUGUGUACACCGACAGUGGACUCACAUACAACUUACCGGCAGCUCUGAGAAAGCGCUCAAGAGAAUCUAUGAAUCAGUUAUAUGCGACAUCUAAUUUCGGUGCACCCCAGAAAAAUAAUGGCAUUUCUCAGUUUCCAUGUUUUGUCGGUGAAGAAACUUUGCCUCAAAUCCAGCAAUACCAGUUGGAGAUGGAUAGUAUUAUUUCCCAACAUACAAAAAAGAUUAAAUUGGAACUGGGAGAUAAGCAAAAGCAACAAGCGAGAUCGUUGUUGUCGGCUUUAGAAGAAGGUGUGAUGAAUAAAUUAAAGGAGAAGGAGGAUCAGUUACAGAGAACUGGGAAAACGAAUUUGUUUCUUCAAGAAAGAGUGAAGAGCCUUUUUAUGGAAAACCAAUUAUGGCGUAACUUGGCACAAACAAAUGAGGCCACAGCCAAGUCUCUGCGUACAAACCUCGAACAAGUAUUGGCCCACGUUAGUGACGAGCGCCUUUUAGGCGGUGCCGCUGUCGGUAGAAGGGUAGAGGAGGAGGAUGUUGAGUCGUGCUGCGACAGCAGUCGAAAGGUGGCGGAAUGCGGUGGCAGGAUGUGCAGGAGGUGUGGGGAGAGAGAAUCAUGUGUGUUGUUGCUGCCAUGUAGGCAUCUUUGCCUCUGCAACAUUUGUGGGAGUGGGACCACCCAUGUCCAAAUUUGCCCAGUAUGUAAGUCUGAAAUGACUGCCACUUUGCACAUUAAUACGUCUUCUUGAUAGUCCAUGUCAGAAGAAAUUAGCAAAAAAAAAAAAAAAA